AUUUAGUUGUAUUCCGUUCGAAGCUGCGUGCGGGCGUGUAUCUAAGUGUCUAUCUUUCUCUACGUUCACCUACGUUCUCUAUACGUUUUCCUAUCACAGAUACUCAGUGGAACUUUGUUAAAGUUCCAGCAUUUCCACGACUAGCAAAGAUGAGUGCAGAGACACCCAAUCCACCUGGUCCAGUUGAACCCAUCGAAAUCAAUUUGGGCUCAGAGAUUUAUCACAGUAUUGCCUCGACGGCUAUAGAUGAGAAUGUCAUUGUGUCGCCCUUGUUGCUGGAGGCGACUUUGGCAUUACUUUACUUAGGCUCCGAUGGAGCAACAGCCGAGGAACUGCAACAGAAAUUGCAGCUAAAGAAACGUUUUCCCAGCAAUGCAAAAAUGGCCAAUUUCUAUGCAUCAGAAUUGGCCAAUAUCACAGGAGAUCCAGAUACACGGAUUCAGCUUCAGAAUCGAGUGUUGCUUCAAACUCCACCUACCAAUUCGAGUAUCGGAAUUGCAGAGGAUUUUCAAAAGAUUGCCCAAACGUAUUUUCAUGUGACUGCCGAAUCAUUGGACUUGCAGCAAACGGAGAAGCUGCGUCGUCAUAUAAGCGAACAGAUUUUGGCCAGCCUUGGUGGUGGCAAUUGGCAGCAGCUUCAGGUCGAUAGUGGCCAGGCGGCGCAGAUCUUGCUCUUGCUAGCAGCAAGAUUGCAAAGCAAGUGGUUCCUUCCGUUCAGUGCCUAUCGAACGGGUCUCUACGACUUCCACGGAGGAUCAACCAAAUCUGUGCCCAUGCUCUUUGACGAUGAUAUGUUCGUGAAAUAUGCAGAGCUAAGGGAUCUGAAUGCGCGAGCCAUUGAGUUACCCUACGAACACAGCGAUGAAUUGGCCAUGCUUUUGAUCCUGCCCAAUCAGCGGGACGGUCUGGCGGAGCUGGAACGACAAUUGCGGAGCCAAGAUCUGGGUGCACUGCAGCAACGUAUGCAAAUGGAGGGCGUGCAAGUGCUACUACCCAAAUUCAGCAUCGAUUUUGAAUGCAGCCUGCGGCAACCUCUAAAACAGCUGGAAUUCUCUGAUAUUUUUGCCCCUACAGCCAAUUUUAAGCAUCUUCAUUCAUCCGCCAAUCUGCCCAUUGUUGAUGUACUCCAAAAAUUACGCCUCGAUAUGAACGAAUCGGGUUCUGGUUCAGAGUCACCCCAACCUGCGGCAGCAUAUAAGCCAAUUGUGAUUAGCAAUUCCUCACGUCAGAAAUUCUUCCGGGCCGAUCAUCCGUUCUUCUUUGCCAUACGAGGUGAAAACGUAACCUACCUAAUAGGGCAUGUGGUUAACUUUUAGCUGAAUCAUUUAACAUUCAUCAAACAGUGUAUCAAAGUGUAUAAUAAUAAAUGAAAACUAAUUUUUCACAUCUUUAA